UCGUGUUCUCGUUGCGUAGCUGCACGGUCUGAAAUAAUGAGCCGAGGCGGACUCUCCUGCGGCGUAGACGUUUGUGUUGAUAUACCCGGCGAUGCAGACCGCCCUGAGUGUAUCCAUGGUCCGACUCUGCUCUUCACUCGAUAUUAUGCCGACAAAAAUCCGCGACAGUUUUAUGCAUGUUCGGCAUGCCGUGAUCGCAAACACUGUGCGUUCUUUCAGUGGGCUGAUGAGAAAGCGAGUGAAGAGAAACAGAGAGUCAGACAGCAGAUCAAUGCAAUGCAGUUGCAGCAGCAGCAGCAGCAGCUCAACACGUCAGACGAAAAAUACUUGGCGAAAUUGGAGACGUUUAAGGAGCUGUCGUCUGAUAAGCAAAGAAGGUUUUGCAUUUCGUGUAGUGAAGUCCUGCUUCCCGGCGAAUGGAGCAAACACUCUGCACACCAUGUGAAGACCAAUGUUACACAGCAACAGUUGACCACGCCCACAAGACUUUUGCGACCUUUGGAGGAUGAAAAGACACACGCUCAAUAUCUUUUCACAAACGAGACUACUCAAUUUCUAGUGGAGGUUUUUAGGAAGCUGCGUAUUUCGAAAGUUGUAUGUAUUGGAACACCCAGAAUACAUGAACAUAUAAUGGAAUGUAAAAAUUUAAAGAGCUUUCUGCUUGACAUUGAUCAUCGUUAUGCUCAGUUCUUCUCUCCAGAUACAUACCAGAGAUUCAACAUGUUUAAUUCCCACUUUUUCAAUGGCGACGAGGGGAAAACUCAUUUCAAGGAGUUUCUCACAAGUGGAUCUUCUAACCUUGCUUUCAUUCUUGAUCCUCCUUUUGGAGGCAUCGCCGAAGUUCUUGCCUGCACUUUGAAGUCGUUGUGGUCACUGACAGCAAGCUGCAAUGCUGAGACAGUAGAAAGAGAGUAUCCCACUUUCUGGAUUUUUCCAUAUUUUCUUGAAGGUCACGUGACUGAUGCUCUGCCAAUGUUCAAGAUGCUUGACUACAAGGUGAAUUACGAUAAUCACGUAUUGUACAAAUGCUCUAAGAAACGAGGCUCACCGGUGCGACUGUUUACCAACGUUUCUUCGGAGAAAGUCAAACUUCCUGCAUCAGAAGGAUACAGAUUGUGUAGGAUAUGCAGACGAUACGUGGCCAAGGAGAACAAGCACUGUGUCGAGUGCAACUCCUGCACUUCGAAGGACGGCAGAACGUAUGUCCACUGCAGCCAAUGUAAGACGUGUGUCAAACCAGGACGCGUUCACUGUGACACGUGUAGCCACUGCCAGCCACCAGUACACGAGUGUACACAUGUAACACCACUAUCUGGAUGUCACAUUUGUGGACAGCUUGACCACAAGAGGAAGGACUGUCCGAGGAGGCUGAGUAACCUACAAAGACCAGCCAAACGGAAAUCUGAUCAUUCAGACAGCCAUCAAAGUCCCAAGAAAAAGAAAUCAACAGUAAAGAAGUCGCAUAAAGUCCGGAAACUGAAAGCAAAAGCAAAAUUUAAUAAAUCAAAUCGACUCUAAACGUUGGAUUCUCAGCAUACAUAAAUAAGAAGUAGGAAUGAAUACUUUGUGUUAGUUGCUUUUGUCUAAUAUUGCAAGAAGAAUUUAUUGAUUCAUGAGA